CAGUUCAUUUAGAAAUGACAAGAAAUUACAAUUAUAUUUUCAACAAUCGAUCUUACAUUCUUCCUAGCACUAGUAUCUUCUCUACAAUAGGCUGUUUACCGUUCUAUCAAAAAUUCAACAUCACUAAUCUCUAUGGUAAAGAAUUGCUAAUCGAUGAAUUUUUUGAUCCUCAAUUACAAUUUAACGAAAAAUUUGUUGAAAAUACGAACGAUAUAUACAGAAAAACAUUAUUUAAAGCUUCGAAUUCGAAGAAUUUAUUUGAUCGAGGAAGAAUGAUGAUAUGGAAUAACAAGAACACAGAAUUAUUGUUUAAAAUACCAAAACAAAUUGCGUGUUACACUGGUAUGGAAUACGAAUCUGUAAAUAAUUCUAAAAUAUCUAACAGGACAGAAUUUAUUGGAGGCAAAUUGCAGAAUUUUGAUAUAGUCAAUCAAGAAUUAAUUACAAAACAUAGAUAUACAAGUGUCGAACCAAAAGAAGAAUACAAAAAUAAUAAUUCAUUUAACGUUUAUGAAAGUGUUUGGAGUAAUUUAAAUGUAAAUAAUAAUACUGGUAGUAGUUACAAUAUUAUUAGUACUCAAACCACAGAAAGUUUGAACAAUUAUAUAUACGAUAAUAAAGAAAAUAAUAAAAAUAAUGAUCAUAAUAUACAUGUCGAUUACAUGGACAACGUAUGUCCAAAGUUUGCGACCAAUAUCAAUUUAAAUCAAUUAUUAAAUACAAAGAAUUUAAUUAAAAAUGAUGAAUGCUACGAAGAUAAUUUAGAAAUUGGACCAUGUUAUUGUAAAAAUUGGAAUAUUUUGGACAUGACACAGAUAGCUGAUACUUUAGAAUACGACAAUUCGAAUUUUUUAGAAAAAUCGCCUGCAUGUCCUAAGGAAAUUCAAAAGGAAUCACUUCAUAGAUUAACCAAUAUUAAAAAUAAGAUGGUCAAGACUUCGUUUGAUAGUUAUAAACAUACCGAAUACUUUGAUCAAUCGAGACAUAACAUGAUAUCAAUGAAGAAGAGAAGAAAACGUAUGACAUCUUCUAAAGAAAGAGAACUUUUAGAAAUGAAGGCUUUGAGAGCUUACAAUGAGAUCACUUUGAUGGAGGACAAACGAGAGAUGGAAAAGAAGAAACAACAGAAAACUGAUAUGCUAUAUUCCUUUAGAGAUAAUACUAAAACUUGGUCGACCCAACUAAUGUCUUAUUCUAAAAUGAAAAACAAUUACAGACAAAUACAAAAAAGAAACGAGGAUGAUUCAUAUGAAUUUAAUACACAUCAAGAUCAUUUUGAUUCAUACAACGAAAUUGAAAUACAUAACACAACUGAUUCUUUCUUCGAAUAUGUUAGUAAUAUUAAUAACAAAGAGUUAAUAAAGGAGAAGGAAAAUCUUAAUUUUCUUGAAAACGAAUUAUCGUUUUCUCGAUUACCUAAUAUACAAAGUAAAGAUGCUGCAAUUAUGUUGAAUCUUUUAGAUCGUCAUGGUAGUCAUUGGUUUAGGCAAGAGUUGAGAAAAAUUCUGGCAAUAAGGGAUAGUCAAGUGUAUAUGAAACAUAGCAAACCUAAUCAAGAUGCAAUGAAAUUGAAUCUUUCUUUAAGAAACAGUCAAAAGAUAACUGAUAGCCUUGAACUUGAUAAAAAUACUGAUAGGGAAGACAUAAGUGUUCCCUUUGGACUAUCUUCGUCUUAUCAAUAUUUACGAACCAAUUUGGAUUGUGGUUCAAAUCAAAAUUUUAAGACUUUUAAUUCGACGGAAUCCAUUAUUUCUAAAAGAGAUAUGCCUAUUAAUUCGUCUGAUUUAAAAGAUUUCGUUGAGUGUACAGAAAAUAAAAAAGUAAAUGAAAAAGAAGAAGAAGAAAAAAUACAAAUUAUUGAUACAACAAAAGAAUCUGAAAUUGAAGAAAUCAAAAAAUUUAAGAUCGACAUGUUAAAUGUUGAAAAAGAUAAUUCAUUUUUUUCCUUAAAUUCCAUUUCACUUUCAUCUACUACAAAAACUGAAAAUGUAAUCGAAUCGAUCGAUGAUCGAAAUCAUCAUCAAGUUAGACGCAGAAACAUGUCUCUACACAUGAUGGAUAUCGCAAGAAACAUCCAUUGGAGUUUACGUCCUCAUGGUAUUUUAUUAACUAAUAAAAAUUUACAAGGAAUGAAUUUCGAAUCGUCCGAUCUUUAUGGUAAUCAGCAGAGAGAUAUCGUCGAUGACGUCACAGCCAGUCUAGUCCAUGCUGCAUUCUCUCAUAAACCUGAGAUUAUCAUUAGAACUUUUCCACGUGAUUCUCGAUCUAUCAAUGACGAACGAUCCACGUCAUUCUUCGAAAAUUUUUAUAAUAUUUAUCGUUUGCCAUCAACUGUCGAUGAAUUCGUUCUUGAUUCUAAUAAUGAUAUGGAUAUUUACGUUGGAGACACAUUGACGCUUCCAAACGUUCAAGAUAUCGAAGACGAGAUUAAUGAUCUCGAAGAUAUUCUACAAAGUUCUAUGGAAACUGAUAGGAAUUUUGAUCUUUGUAUCUUGGUAAUGGAAGACGAGGAUUUGUCUUUAGAUUUAAGAUCGACUUCAAUCGAUAAUCUUCCUACAAACGAAGUUGUUCAAUACGACAGUGAAGUUACUAUUGCACUCAGUGAAACAAGGACAAUGGAUAUCAUUGAUCCGGAAAUAGAUUCUCUUGGCUAUGAAACGAUCAAAGAUUCUGAUCAACCUUCCUUGAAAAUGAUAAUAGCUUUCUUUAGUUUUCUCUUAGCUAUUUACAUGGAAAUUCUAGGAUCAUAUUUCUUUAUGUCGGAUUUGCAUAAUUCUAUAUAUGCUUAUAGACCGUACGAAAUGAAUUCGGAUAUGUUUAAGAAGAAUUUUUCUGACGAUUUUUUACCUGAAAAAUAUGAUAUGGUUGUUUCCUCAAAUUCAGUAAAUAUAUCAGAGUUCACCGUUGAACCUGAAAUAAACGGUGUGAUUGACUUUAUCGAUGAAGUUGAAGAGGAUGAUCAAGCUUCGAUAAAAAGUACAAAUUUGCAAAUUUCCAGUAUAAGAGAUAGUUUUGAUACGAUGUAUACUAAAACUACUAUUGAAUCUGAAAACGUAAUAUCUUUUGAAGGAGGUAGUUUCAUGGAAGACUUUUCUUGAUAAUUUGUCAAAGGAUACAAAUUUGAGGAUUUUAGUUGGGUUAAUAAAAAAUAUACAUUUUUAUAUGUUCAUAAAAAAGUAAUGAUUGAUUGAAUCGCUUUUAUAAAUAAUUAUUACAGCUUUCUAUUUUUUAUUAUU